UCAUGUGCGAGGCCCUUAAAAGUGUGAAGAGUUUCAGGAGUUUCAAGUGAAAAGUGUUGUCUGGCGUUAUCAACUUCGUUAAAAAAAUCAUGUUUUCGCGUUACAUAAGUAAACUUUUGCCUUACUCAUAUUCACGUGCAUUUUCAAAUUGCCGUGGCUUUGCUUCGACAAACAUUGAAACAGAUUCAGUAGAAAGAGAUCCGGCGCCAUUCUUUUUUAACAAAGAAGUUCAGACGUGUCUCAAGAUAUUGACAACAGUGGACUAUAACAAAGUCUUUCGAAAUCGCAAGGACGGGCACAAACUCCAACCGCCACAGUAUAAAUUUCUGACGGACGAGCAACUUCAGGAAGCUAUGGAAGCAACGAAACGUAGAGCGGAAAAAUACUUGCAAAUGCCACCAGUCGUAAAACCGAGAAUAGAUCGUUCUGUACCAUUAGAGGAAGAUGUUGCGCUGGAAGGGCACGAUAAUGUCAGAUACGUGUUUACUGAUAUCACGUACGGUCUUAAGGAUAGAGAAAGAUUCAUAGUAAUCAGAGAACCGAAUGGCACGUUAAGACACGCCACUUGGAAGGAACGGGACAGAAUGAUUCAAACUUUCUUUCCAAGACCAGAAAGGAAACUACAGAAACCAAAGAUGUUUGAGGAUGAAUACCUAAAAGAUCUACUAAAUUGUAGCGAGUACGAAUUCAUACUAGAUCGUGCGUGUGUGCAAUUUGAACCGGACGAUCCGGAAUAUCAGACAAUAACCCGAAAAGUCUACGAGCACAUAAACGCUGAGAGGUGUUUUGAUCUUUUGAGGUCUACACGUCACUUCGGUCCAAUGGUAUUUCACCUAGUGUGGACAAGUAACAUUGACAACCUGCUGUGUGAAAUGAUCGAGACCAGUCGCGUCAAGGAUGCCACACUGCUGAUACGUUUAUAUCAUAUGAUUCAUGCCACAGCUAAGUCGACAAUCGAACCAUGCAAGCACACGGACGACGCGGAAUUUAUUAUGCAUUACGCGAACUUGGAAAAUUCGCCAAAGAGAGAUAAAAUCCAGAAGCUCCUGCAAUCGUAUAAGGAAUUACAACGGGAAUAUGAAAUUGUGGCAGAGAAUAUUAAACAGGCGCACGGAAUUUCUUCCGAAACAAAUAAAGUGUAAACAUAAACAAUAAAUAUCUGUUAUUCUUUCUUACUAUCUAA